CCUUUUUUCCAGUCACCAACCCUCUCUCUCUUUGUUAUCCUCAUAUAAGUUUCUUUUAAACUAUAGUAUGGUUCACUGUAAUCUUGUCCUUAUGGCUACGGAGGAACCAAGUAGUCUUCGCCAAAGAAACUGACUCACAAAGCCAGAUGAUUGGCAUGGUUGGGAACGGACACAAGACUUUAAGUCGCGCCAUUGAAAUGAUUCUUCCCCCAAAAAAUAUACAAACAUCUUCAUUUCUCAGAGUUUCAGGGGCUGGUUUGUCAAUUGCAGUUCAUGUUAACAAUCAAUGGCACAUUGUAAGGAUCUCUGCUGGUUUCUUCGAAUACUUCGAUGCCCGUACUACAACAGGAAGGACAGUGGGAGUGGAUAUCUUCCAAUUUUAUGAUUUACUAGCUCCUCACUUGAAACGUAAUUCGCGUUUCACCAUCAUAGUUGAGAAUGAAGGAUCUACUUUGGAUCGCAUCAGGGUAAGGUAUCAAGCUGGCCGUAUGUAUACCACACAUUCCAUAGAGACUGUGGGUAUAGCUAAUGGUGCAGAUCAGGGAAUCAAUGUGCUUGAACUUGAGGCCACUGAUCAUAGAUACAUAAAUUUCAGGAGGAGGGUGCUUCGCAGGUUCUUUAACAAGUGUUAUCGUGAGGUGAUGCAUGUGCAACCACAACUGCGAGCUGGUCCUAGUGAUGAAUUACGUUUGAGAGUUACUCAUCAAGAGAUAAGAGCGGAAGCACUUGGACUCGUUCGAACAUAUUCUUCAUUGGCUGGUCAUUACAACAUGCAUGACACUGCAAGUGACGUGGAUGUGGUGGGUGAUGAUGAAGAGAUUAUUGUGCAGUUCCCUCAAGCCACUGGUUGGUUUGUGUGGCCUGCACAACAUGCAGAAUCCAUUCGCGUGCACUUGGGUUUAGUCAGAUCACUUGAGUUUCGAUUUGCUAACUGUAGCGUUUAUUUUAUAUGAUGAUUACCAGAUUGAUAAAAUUAAAAAAAAAAAAAAUUGGUUGUUACUUUGAUGGAUCAAUGUGUACAAGGAAUGCUGAAUCUUUUGCUUUAUGAAUAUUAUAUGAUAAUGUGCAAAUUAAUUUGUUAUAUGUCCCUAUUUGUGCUAUCAAAAAUGUAUUUUAUAUGGUGAAUUGUACUUUAAAAAUGUGGUGUUUUUUUAUAAAUUUACUUAAAAUUU